GCGUUGCGGCGGGCGGGACCCGGCGCCGUGUCCAGUGCUCGCCAUGGGCGCGCCGCCGUACGCCAAGGGCGCCCUGACCCAGCAGGGGCGCUACGAGAAGCUGCCACGCGCUGGCGGCCGGCCGCAGCGCAAGCAGCUGGCACACGCCAGCCUGGCGCGCGCCACGCGCCGCGUCAGGAGCAGCAGGGCCAAGGCAGACGUCAACAGUGGCGUCCAGGAGAUGGUGCAGUCCAGCCGGGAUUGCUCGAGCCGGACCGCCGACGAGAUCAGAUUCCCGUCCCUCUGUGUCUUCGUGCAUGGCCUGAAAAAGAAGGUACCGCAGCCGGCCGUCAUAUCCUGCCAGCAGGAGCGGCUGCCAGCGCGUCUCCCGCGCAGGCCGCCGCCCCUCUGCGGCAAGUACGAGGUGUUCCUGGGCGGCUCUUGCAACCCGACCACGUGGCGGCACGACGAGGCCAUCCCGCGGCUCAAGGAGCUGGGCAUCACCUACUACAACCCGCAAGUGGCGUCCUGGCAUCCGGGCCUGAUCGCGCUGGAGGAGGAGGCCAAACAGGGUGCCACCGUCCUGUUCUUCGUCAUCGACAACCAGACGCGCGCCGUCUCCUCCAUGCUGGAGGCUUCGUACCUGGCGGCCAGCGGCCGCAAGCUGGUGCUGGUGGUCAGCCGACUGUCCGGACCCGGCCAGACCAUCUGCGGCGAGGCCAUCACCAACACGGAAUACUGUGAUCUGGAUAGAACGCAAAACUAUCUCCAAGACUUGGUGGAGCGCCAGGGGCUUCCUGUUUUCGAGACCAUCUCGUCGGCGCUCGACUGCACGGACAAGGUGUUGAGAAAAGAUAUCCGAGUACAAGAUUUACAGCUGGACGAUAAUGCCGUGCCAGUUCGAAACGCACACAUCACGCUGGCCGACAAACUGCAGAGGCUGCGGGAGGUGUUCGCCAACCAGGACUCAGACGGCCGCGGCUGCCUGAGUGCGGGCGAGACGUGCGCUGCCCUGCGGGUGGCCACCGGCCGCGUCGUCUGCCCCAGCGACGUCAGACUCCUGCUGGCUCAGAUCCGAGAUGUGACGGAGCGGACCAAUGGCGUCGUAUCCAACGACCGGAUCGCGUUCGAGGACUUCUGCCUGCUGGUCACCGAGCUGCAGAGCGGCGGAUGGCGCGCGGCGCGCGGCCGGUCCGGGCCCUCCGUCCUCUCGCGCACCGCCGAGAUGCUGCUGACCCCGUUCACCCGGGUGGCCGAGUGGGUGCUGCCGCAGCGGCUGGCUCGGCAACUCAGCAACAACGGCAACAGCGCGCCGGCGGCCGACGUGCGCGACGUGUACCUCGGCGGCACGAGCACCGACACCGCCUGGCGGGAGAGCAUCGCCAUUCCCCUACUCAAGAAGGCGGGCCUCUCGUUCGAGCCGCCGACGCCGCCGUCUCGCUCGGAGCGCCUGACGCCGACGGCGGCCGCCCGGCUGGAGCGCUGCCGGCAGCUGCUGUUCGUCAUCACCGACACGUCACGAGCUUCGGUGCAUAUGACGGUGGCGGCGCACUACAUCGGCCUGGGUGCGCGCGUCGUCCUCUGCGUGCAGAUGCUGCCGGACAACUGCGUCAUCCGCGGCGAGAAGCUGACGCCGACGGCCAUCAAGGACUACAACCGGGGCCGCUCGUACCUGUCGGACCUGGCCACGCGCAGAGGCGUGCCCGUGUUCGAGGCGGUGGCCGAGGCCGUGCAGUGCGUUGUGCAGCGGAGCAGGCCAGCGCGGUAGGCGCGCCACCACAGUACAAACCGGUCGGGCCGGGCAGCUAGGCGGCGGGCCGCCCGCCUCCCUCCUCCUACCUCGCGGUGCGCGCACCCGAGAGCGGCCGCAGCCUCCCAC